AUGGGCCAAGGACGUCGCAUGAAACGCAAACAGGGGGCACCGGAUCCCCUGUCCGAGGAACAUUUCGCGCGGUUGAAAAGAAAAGCUGGCAUUCCUGUUGACGAAACUGAGCAGCCAGCGAAAACUACACCCCCAAAGAGACGUCGCACAGCAAAGAAGGCUGUAGCUGCCGGAAAGAGCAAGAAACUUUUACCCGAUCCGCACAUCGAUGAGAAUAGGCCGUCGCAAGAGGGGAAUGGCGAUGCGUUGACAGACGAGCCAGAUGAAAAACUCGGCGACGACUUCAUCGGCUCUGAAGACUCCGUCGUUGACUCUGAUGAGGAUACCAGCAAUAAGAGGGAGCGAUUUGUGUUCUCCGACGAUGAAGAUGAUAGCGACAAAGAGGAAGUUUUAACUGCUGCGAAUAUUGAGGGUCUUUCGAAGAAGCUGGAUCAGCGAUUGGAGAAGGAACGUACCGAGGCAGACGCUGAAGUCCAGGAGUCUGCUCUGCAAACAAACUUGGAUGGCGACAGACCAAAGGUUCUUGGCGCUUUUGAUGAAUCUAAUGAGGAGCUUGGCAAUUCGAGCACACUUCUUGCCCCCGAUUUACAACUCCUUCGCCAGCGGAUAAUGGACAUCAUAAGAAUCCUGGGAGACUUCUCCAAGUUGGCAGAGGAAGGACGCUCUCGCGCUGACUAUACCUCUCAGCUUCUCGACGACAUCUGCGCAUACUACAAUUACUCUCCAUUCCUUGCCGAGAAGCUUUACAAUCUUCUUACACCCCGUGAGGCCUUUGCUUUCUUCGAGUCUAACGAGGCUCCGAGACCAAUUGUUAUCAGGACAAAUACUCUGCGUACUCAUCGCAGAGACCUAGCCCAGGCCCUGAUCAACCGGGGUGUGACUUUGGAACCUGUUGGAAAGUGGAGCAAGGUUGGAUUGCAAGUUUUCGAAUCAUCGAUUCCUCUAGGGGCUACACCAGAGUAUUUGGCGGGUCACUACAUCCUUCAGGCUGCCUCAUCCUUCCUACCUGUCAUGGCACUUUCGCCGCAACCUGGCGAGCGAGUUCUUGACAUGGCAGCAGCCCCUGGUGGCAAAACAACACACUGCGCCGCCAUGAUGAAGAAUACCGGUGUUGUCGUGGCCAAUGAUCCCAACAAGGCUCGUGCCAAGGGCUUGAUCGGUAAUAUCCACCGAUUGGGUGCUAAGAAUGUCAUUGUCUGUUCUUAUGAUGCGAGAGAAUUUCCCCGUGUCAUGGGAGGUUUCGACAGGGUCCUCUUGGACGCGCCUUGCUCUGGCACUGGCGUUAUCGCUAAGGACCCGUCUGUGAAGACCAAUAAGACGGAGCGCGAUUUCAUGACUCUUCCUCAUACCCAGAAGCAACUGUUACUGUCCGCUAUCGACUCGGUCAAUCACGCAGGUACCGGCGGUUACAUCGUCUAUUCAACUUGCAGCGUCACGGUCGAGGAAAAUGAACAAGUUGUAGCUUACGCGCUGUCUCGAAGACCUAAUGUCAGGCUUGUCGAUACGGAGCUGCCAUUUGGUAAAGAGGGUUUCACGAGCUACAUGGGCAAGACUUUCGAUCCCAGCUUGAAGCUUACCCGCCGCUACUAUCCUCAUACUUACAAUGUCGACGGCUUCUAUGUUGCCAAGUUCAAGAAGAUCGGACCUACACCGGCCAGCGUGUCCAGGAGCAAGGCCAAUGCGGAUGAGCCAUUGCUGCCCGCGGACAAGGCUCCAAUUGUCGAAACAGGCCCUGCGAGUGCUAAUGGUCAAGAUGCUGGUGGGGACUUUGGCGGCUUUGACGAAAAUGAGGAUAAGGAGUACAUGGAGCGCGCAAAAAGAAGUGCAAUGCGGCGCAGGGGCCUUGAUCCUCGUUCUCUAGAUCGCCCUCGGAGCGAAAGGAAGAAGAACGCUUGA